AUGUCUUCGAGUCGCCAUACAGGACUUCCGCUCCGCGCACACAGCUGGCCCGAAACGAUUAGCUUACACUCAUGCGGCGGCGGAAGGGUAUAUAAUAUAAUACGAGUAUACCUAAAGAUAGUAACAAAAACACUUGGAAUUGGAAAUGAGCCUUUAUUCGUGAAAAUUAGAAAAGUCAUCAAAGCGCCUCCAGACCAUUGCGGCUAUGAUCAAGUGUCCGUAAAUUCUGGAGCGGAAACUGGAGCGCCCAUAAAUUCUGGAGAACUUUCAAGGAGGCAGAAGCCGCGUGUACCGGAACUGCAUAAUGACUCCUUACGUGCAGGUCGUUUAGAUCAACUCGUCCGGAACUAA